UGAUUCAUGAACGUUUGUUAGCUGCCUCCGAAGCGUUAACCGCUCAUAGCCAUGGCCGCAGAUUUCAUCCUCGACACUGUGGCGAUCUGUUUCGCAGUCUUUUUCAUGACGGCCCCCUUGUCACAGGCAAUCGAUGUGUGCGGCACGCCAGCAAAAGUGAGAUAUGUGAAUCCCAUCAACUUGCUUUGCUUCUACCUGAACUGCAUGACUCAGCUGGCCUAUGGCCUCUUCCUGCCAGUCCCACCGGUUGUGCCGUGCAACGCUUAUGGAGUUGGUGUGGCCAUCUUCAGCACCUCCGCAUGUUGGUGGUUCGCGCGAAAGGAGCAACAUGCGAUCAAUUGGGAUCGCACCGCUGCAAUUGGCACACUGCUGGCAGUUUUGCUCUCGGCAACCAUCUUUGCCUUUGCAGCUUUGGAAAGCGCGGCUGACGUUGGCGUCCUCGGGAUGCUGGUGGGAAUCAUCAUGUACGGAGCGCCUUUGUCCAGUAUGAAAGAGGUGCUGAAGACCAAGUCCUCCGAGACCCUACCUGUCAUGCAGAGCUUCUUGGGAUUUUUGAACAGCUCUUGCUGGUUUACUGUGGGUGUGCGAACCGGGAAAGUGCCAGUGUGGGGUCCCAACGUUAUCGGUAUGAUGCUCUCCCUGCUUCAACUCGCUUUGAUCUUGAAGUACCCAGCGAAGACAGGCGGACCGGAGCAGCAGGACUUCAUCCCUGUCUUGGCCGAGCACUCCUUGGCGGACAUCGCUCGGGUGGUCAGUGCUGACCUGGCCGAGCGCUUGGCGGAUGGCAGCGAGUCAAUCAGCGAUUUCAUGAAGAGGUCCAGCCAGGACCUCUCGAGCUUCUUCUCGCCGAAUCGUGGCAACGAGUACAUCUCCUUAGAUGGAGAGGAGCCGAUGAGCCCUGACAAGAAGAAGCUGAUCGAGGAAUGUCCUCCCGACUUUGCUUAGCUGCUAAGCUCAGCUUCUCGGAUCUGACAGACGCAGUGCUUCUCGUUUGUUGUCGAAACAUAAGUUUUUUGGUUUGGUGCACUGAACCAAUUCCACCUGCGGAAGUGACCGUAAGUGGAAUAACAUUAAGCUCACUUGUGCAAAAUUGCAAAUACUUGCAAGCGCUUCCAGGCAGCCAUGAUACAUACAGUAACCAUGACAAAUCAGCGGUGUUCAGUUGCUUGCUUUCGCGCAAGGAAUGGGCGACGGAUUUCUGUAGGUGGGCCCACUCAGAGCAGUGCUUGCAAGUUGCUGCAGGCAACCUUUGGGUGGUUGGGCUUCGCCCAACUGACAGAUAGAUCAUUUUUGCCGACAUUCGCAGCAAUGUUGGCUGCUGGCUUCCUUUUUUUCCUCGCCAGCUGUAUGACUGCAGGCUUGACAAGAGUUCUCAACUGCGCUUAUGACAUUUGGGUAGAAUUUCAGUCAGAGGGCUCUACAUGGUAGCAACUCUCUUCAAGC